ACAAUCUACACCCUGCCUCGUUGGCAGGUGGUCCGCGACGCGGGGCCGAGUGGCGUGCACAGACCGCGAGAUCACGCAUACCGCGGCACAAAAUAACGUUGCCUUGGCAACCGCGCCACGGCGGGGCGACAAUACACAGCACGCACGAGCGGCGUUGUCGCACGCACGUGUAAUAUUAUGUGGAUGGUAGCUGCGGCGCAUAAGAGGUGCACGGGCCCGAUCGACUCCUACGACAGCCUCAAUGACGAGCACCUCAGGCCCCACUUCCACAAGAGCCUCGUCAGGCAAAGACUGGCCCGCGUCGGCUUGGUGCGGUGUCUGCGACACGACGGUAAACCUAACGUCGACGACCCCGGGUCGCAUCGCUGUACCUGCUCUCUCUCCGGUUCCCGGUUAAGCCCGGACACUACGAGUACCACGAGUUCAGCGGAUAGCGGGGUCGUCGUAAGCGUCAGACAUGCGGACCUCACCUGCGGCACUUGCCGAGCGGGAUCCUCGACUGCCGUUGCUCCCAUCAGCGAGCCCGUGUCGCCUUACCUGCUCCCCGUGAACCCUUCGUCAAAACGGAAACUAGUGAUGCCGCGACCGAGUCAGCAGGCCGCCGGUUCCCGAAGCACACUCCGGAGGGCAAGCAUAAUGCCUUCGACGCCGGCCAGUCUGAGGGAAGACUCCGGGGUCACCAAAAACCACUUUCCCAAGAAGUCGGACUGCAAGGUCUCUCUUCUGUUCCGCGGCUCGGGCUCGAAGAAAGCGAUGGCCGAAGCGCGCCAGUCGGUGAUCAGGGUGACUCAGCAGCACUGCGGAGGCACCUCCCUAACAGUCUUCGAAGGUCACGUGACUCCGGGCGAGACGUUCGCGUUCGCGUCUCGGAGGCACUGUGGCUACCCGUUCAGCAUCGUAGUCUUCGUUGACGACAUCAGGGACGUCCAACUUAGCAGCUGCUGCGAGUACAGGUACAAUGCGGGCGCGAGACUGGGAGGCUCCCAAGGUCGCUUCUCUCUUGCCAAGCUCGAGGGCGGAAGUCCCUGCUACAGGUGUGUGCUUGAGAAGAGGCUCAAGGAACUGCCGGCAGAAGAGCCCGAACAGACACCACCUUUCAGCAGUACGCUGGAAGAAUCAAGCGGCCUGAGCAGCCCCAUUACGAGCAGCUCUGAAACUGUAGAUGGUUUAGAAGAAAGCGUAGACGGUGGCGGUACGAACUCCGUUGUAUCUAGUGAAGAAGAGCACAGUGACGCUGAAGACGAAAGGCGCAGCGAAAGUCGAGAGUCAAGCGACCGGACACAAGAAGAGAUAGCAGAUGCUGACGAAAAAGAACUUUACUCGAGCGACACAAAUUACAGCUCGGAAACGUCCGACGUCCAGUCUCAACUUCAUACUUCCGAGUCAGAGUAUGUCGGCGAACAAAUCGAAGGCGAUGCCGUUUCUAGUAAUCAUGGCUCGACACAAGUGGACAAUGAAGUGCAGGAGAGUGGUGGCACCAUUUCCAACAGCUUUGAAACUUAUAGCAGUGCAGACAACUCGGGCGACAAGUCUGCGCACAGUGAAACAGGGUCACACGUCUCAGAUGACGUUCAUUACGACGCACGCCACAAUGCUGCGCAACCGUCCGUCUAUUUCGUGCAAGACAAAAAGAAGCAGUGGGGCUCUGACGAAUGUCGUGGUGAAAGCUUUUCCUCGGACGAUGACGCUCAGACCGUUACACUCACUGUUAAAGCAGAAGUGCAUUCAACCCAAUAAAUAUACCUCAGAUUGUGUUCAUG